CCGUGGCAGCAACGCCGCCCGCUGCCUAUAGGGUGCGCUCUUCCCGGUGCAGUCCCAGCUCUCUGCCCGUCUGCGCCUGCGCAAGGUUUCUGCGGCACAGAGGCGAAGCAAACCCAUUUACGGCUGCGCACUCUCCGACUGAGACAAUGGCAGCUUCCGCCUGGUGGGGUUGGGGAGCUGCGGCCGCUGCCGCUGGCCUGCGCAGGCGAUUAUGUCAUAUGACGAAUCCAUACACUAUCAAAAAACAGCCUGUGCAUCAAUUUAUACAAAGACCACUUUUCCCACUACCGGCCACCUUAUGCAACCCAGUGCGAUACAUGUUUAUUCAAACACAAGAUACCCCAAAUCCCAACAGCUUAAAAUUUAUACCAGGAAAACCAGUUCUUGAGACAAGGACCAUGGAUUUUCCUACACCAGCUGCAGCAUUUCGCUCUCCUCUGGCUAGGCAGUUGUUUAGGAUUGAAGGAGUAAAAAGUGUCUUCUUUGGACCAGAUUUCAUCACUGUCACAAAGGAGAAUGAAGAUUUAGACUGGAAUUUACUGAAACCAGAUAUUUAUGCAACAAUUAUGGACUUUUUUGCAUCUGGCUUACCCCUAGUUACUGAGGAAACAUCUUCAGGAGAAGCAGCUUCUGAAGAAGAUGAUGAAGUUGUGGCAAUGAUUAAGGAAUUAUUAGACACUAGAAUACGGCCGACUGUACAGGAAGAUGGAGGAGAUGUAAUCUAUAAAGGCUUUGAAGAUGGCAUAGUACAACUGAAACUCCAAGGUUCUUGUACCAGCUGCCCCAGUUCAAUCAUUACUCUGAAGAAUGGGAUUCAGAACAUGCUGCAGUUUUAUAUUCCAGAAGUGGAAGGUGUAGAGCAGGUAAUGGAUGAUGAAUCAGAUGAAAAAGAAGCAAACUCAUCUUAAAAUAAUCUGGAUUCUCUUUGGGCAUAACAGUUGGACUUACAAUAUAUACUAAGCUUUUAUUAAUAUGCUGAGGAACUUGAGGAAUAAUAAAAAUUCCCUUUCCUUAGAGAAUAAUAUGUAAA